AGGUGUCCCAUGACCGAAUGGAAGGUCUCUGUAGGGACCAUGACUCUUCCACUCCCCAACUCCAUCAACUUCAUCAACGCGUUCCAGAACUUCCUCCACCUGAGCGACAACUCCGUAGUGUUCUCCAUCGUGGUGUCCGAGUUCAUCCUGUACCUUCAUAUCAUGGUUCUCUUGUGCGUGGACUUUCACCGUGUAUGGCCGCUGUGCAAAGUGAGUCUGGUCCCUCCUGACAGGAUGGUCGCACGUCAUGUCUAUCAACUCACGGUCACCACCGGGUCCAUGUUCGGGGCAGGGACUACCUCACGGAUCGGCUUGCAACUCUUCGGGUCAGAGGCCACAUCCCCAGUCAAGAUGCUGAACCCAAUAGAGAGGUCUGCUUUGGUGCGCGGAAGCACUUUACAUUUUGUCAUGCCUGUGCGAGAGUCACUUGGAGAAGUGCUGUUGUUGCGCAUCUGGCAUGAUAACUCUGGGAAAGGAGACACGGCAUCCUGGUUCCUCGGAAGUUUUGUCGUCAGAGAUAUAGAAACCGACGUGGUAUCGUAUUUCACCUGCAAUGACUGGUUAUCAAGAGAAAAGGGGGGCGGCGAAGUACAGAAGGUGGUUCACGCAAGCACCGAAGAGGAUCUGACAUCCUUUACCAAUGUCUUCAAUGAGGCAACCAGAGACGUGUUCUACGAUAAACAGCUCUGGACGUCUGCCCUUGUAGCAGCACCGGGUUCAAUCUUUACCAAGGCCCAGCGUCUGUCCUGCUGCUUUACUCUACUGAACACCAUGAUGCUAUCCAGCGCCAUGUGGUACAAGGCAGAAAACACAACUGCCGACACCAGAGUGUUGAACCUGGGGUUUGUUCGUUUCACCAUACAGGAGCUGUACAUCAGUCUCAUGACUGUCCUGACCGUGCUGCCAGUCAAUCUGGUACUUCUGCAGUUGUUCCGCAUGGAGGCGCCACUGUCCGUUAACACUCGGGAGAUGUCCAUCCGCCCGUCCAAGAAAGCACCGAAGAAGGUCUAUCCACCUGCCAAGCCUGAUGUGAAAUCGGCUAGGAAGAAGAAGGAACUGAAUAAGAAGUCAGCUUCUGCACUGAAGGAGUUUCUUCUCUUGCUUCUCUUCGUGGUGCUCCUCUUCUACAUCGCCCAGGCGGAUAAAGACCAACAUGCCUUUUAUGAGACACAGUCCUUGUCGAACAACAUUCUGCAAGAAUAUGACACGAUUAAAACUCCGGACCAGUUUUACGCGUGGACUGAGGACGUCCUGCUGCCGACUCUUUACCCAGCUACCUGGUACAACGGAAGGGACAUGAAGUACUUAGACCGACAGUUUGCACACAACACGGGAUCUUUCCGCCUCGGUCCUCCACGUCUGACACAAGUUAGGAAACUUCCAGGUUCAACGUCUGUCGCUAGCAUCGGCUGGAGCGUGUCUGGUAACUGUUGGCGAUUUAAUGUCACAGACGUGUUCUCUUAUCCAAACGGCACACCCGAAUGCACAAAUCACCAUUCAUUUGACGUUCCCUUGAAUCAUGACUCCGCUGUAUCAUUCUUUGGUGUCUUGAAAGACAACCAGUUUUUCGACAAGUACACAAAAUCCGUUACAAUCGCCAUAAACUUCUACAACCCCAGCCUGAAGCUUUUCAGUGUUGUGAACAUGAUUAUAAAUCGUUCCGGACUGGGAUUUGAACGCUUUGUUGACCUGCAAACCGCUGCAUGGUGGGAUGCUUGUUUUAAACACAUCUUGGGCCUUGUUGUCUUCAUCAAUACCAUAUCCCUACUUCGCGUCGUCCGCUUCAGUCAAACAAUCGGCAAACUCCUGGCUCUUCCCGGCAUCAUGAAGGAGGAACUCUUGUCGUUCUUGGUUGUUGCCGCCAUCGCCUUUAUCGCCUUCAUCAGCUCAGCACACCUCAUAUUCGGAAGCCACAUGGAAUCUUACGCAGACCUGUACCACACAACGUUUGCACUCUUCGAGAUGAUGCUUGGCAGGUUCUUCGCCCAAGACAUGUUGGACUCCAACCCUCUCACCGGGCCGAUCUUCUUCUCUUCCUUCAUGAUCUGCAUCUUCAUCCUCCUGAUGAACUUCCUCAUGACCAUCGUCUGUGACGCCAUUUCCGCCGACGUGGACGUCAGCCAUGACCAAGAGCUUGGAGAGUACAUCUGGAGGAGCUUCCGGGCCAUGUUAGGGUUUCACAGCACGCCGGAUAAGGAGAAUAAACCAGGUGAACUGAAUUUGAAAGGACUGGAGGCCAACAUAGUCAUCAUUCAGGAGAAACUUGAUGAAGGUCUGGACAUCUGUAACUCCAUCCUGCCUUCACGGAAGCAGGUGACGUCUGACAAAAUCACCCGGGAAGAUGAGAAAUUAUCAAUAAUUGUCGACGAAAGUCACCAAAGUACCACUGUCAUUCGAAAUGAUAACCACAACAUCCAAAAACCAACUGGUACUAAUGUAGAUACUUUUGAUAUUGACACUGAAAUCCAAAUCCUGGAGCAAGAAUUUGAGGAAGAGAAAAACAGGAAAAAAAUAACAGAGCAUCACCUAUUAACUGAGAUAAGGGUGCAGACCAAGCAAAUUGAGGACAUCCUUGUUAGGGUAAAUCGUGCUACAACUAAACCGACUGUGCAAAAGGUACCCCGGUGUAUCCAGGUUGCAGCAGCUCCAACUGAGAAGCGAAAUGUGUCAGGUGACACACAGAAUGGAAAACAGCAGCCUGCAGGAAACACGUGGAUCUCCGAUCUAAAGCUCACCGCUGAAGACAAGGCUGUACUCCUUAGUGACGAGGUGCUGACAGACAAACACAUCCAUGCCGCACAGAUGUUACUCCGCCGUCAGUAUCCGGGAUUGGGAGGACUACAAGAUACGACAGUAGGAGCGUCUUCGUACGGAUACACACGGGUCUCCGGAGAAGGUCUACAGAUUCACCACACCGGCCAAUUCCACUGGGUACUCUCGUCCUCCAUAGGUGGACAUGUCAGUGUUUAUAACAGUAUCCCCGGUAGGAUAAAUGCAUUGUUGGAGAGCCAGUUGAGGCAGUGCUACGCACCAGUCUCCAACAUGGCCACCGAUGUACUGACUGUCAAAGUACCAUGUGUGCAGCUGCAGGAAAGCGGGAGUACAUGCGGACUGUUUGCCAUAGCGUGGGCUGUAGACAUCGCGAUGGGGACGGAUGUGACCCAGGUCAGGUACAACGAGAGCAAGAUGAGAGCCCAUCUCCUGGACUGUUUCGAACGCGGUCACCUGUCUCCCUUCCCGCGGGUCCGUCAGGUCACCAGGCGGCGAGCCAGUGCGGUUCACCGGAUCAGUUUGGCUUGCCGCUGCGGACAAAGUCGCCCGUCUACAAAGCUUGGAGGACGGGUGAAGUGUAGGAAGUGUCACCUGCCGCUAUGCUAG